ACGCUCCCGAAGGCGCAGGGAAUGCUGGGACACACGGACUGCUCUUUUGGUUAUGAUGGAGGUAAACAGACGGAACAGGAUCUUCUGUACAAUGCAAGAGGAACGACGGUAGUUACUAAACAGUAAAAAGACGGUUAAAGUUGAGAAGGGCUGCGCUGUGAUCUGUGAGGUUUACUACAGUAACGCUUUGCGUUAAAACUUGUACUACUCAUUGUACUACUUCUUAUUAACAUGGCUCGUAUGUUCGAUUGUUAAAGGACAGCAUCUCUACCCCAGGCGACACAGUGGGGCCAGAAGGUUGAGUAAUGUUCCUUGGUUUUCCUCGAGAAGAUGGAUGAAAAGUCCAGUAACAGUCGGCUUCUGCUGGCCCUUGUGAUGGUACUACUCUUCGGUGUCAUCGUGCUACAGUACAUCUGCCCCGGCACCGACUGCCAGCUACUCCGCCUGGGCUCCCUCUCCUCCAAAGCAGGCGACGGUCUUAGCGGGUCUCAUGGCGCGGAUGUCGAGGGCAGCAAGGGAUCGGGUGCUGGAGACCCGUACGUGGCUGAGGAUAGGACGCUAGCUCGCUACGUACCGCGCUUUAACUUCUCAGCCAGCGACCUCAGCCGAACCGUGGACUUCAACAUUAAGGGCGACGAUGUCAUCGUUUUCCUGCACAUCCAGAAGACCGGCGGCACCACGUUCGGCCGACACCUGGUGCGCAACAUCCAGCUGGAGAGGCCCUGCGAGUGCCGUGCCGGACAGAAGAAGUGCACUUGUUAUCGGCCGGGCAAGCGAGAGACCUGGCUCUUCUCCCGCUUUUCCACAGGCUGGAGCUGCGGGCUGCACGCCGACUGGACCGAGCUCACCAGCUGUGUACCGAGCCUCAUGAACACGCGGGAAGCGCUCCAGCCGCGCACUCCCAGCAGGAACUACUACUACAUCACCAUCCUGCGUGACCCCGUGUGGCGCUACCUAAGCGAGUGGCGGCAUGUGCAGCGCGGUGCCACCUGGAAGGCCUCGCUGCAUGUGUGUGAGGGGCGUGCCCCCACCCUGUCCGAGCUCCCCAGCUGCUAUCCCGGGGACGACUGGUCAGGCUGCACGCUGGAGGAGUUCAUGGACUGCCCUUUCAACCUGGCCAACAACCGGCAGACGCGCAUGCUGGCCGACCUCAGCCUGGUGGGCUGCUACAACGCGUCGGCUAUGAGCGAGGAGGAGCGCGGCGCCGCCCUGCUGGAGAGCGCGAAGCGCAACCUGCGCGGCAUGGCCUUCUUCGGCCUGACCGAGUUUCAGCGCAAGACGCAGUACCUGUUCGAGCGCACCUUCCAGCUGAACUUCAUCGCCCCGUUCACGCAGCUGAAUGGGACUCGGGCCGCCAGCGUGGAGGUGAGCGCGGAGACGCAGAGGUGCAUCCGGCAGCUGAACCGCUGGGACGUGGAGCUGUACGAGUACGCCCGCGACCUCUUCCUGCAGCGCUUCCAGGUCGCACGGCAGCAGGAGCGGCAGGAGCAGCGCCAGCGCAGGCAAAGGCGGCGGCGGCUGCGGAGCAGGGGGCCGGUGACGGUGGCGCUGGCCAGGCGGGCAGGUGUGUUCGGUGCCCAGGCGGAGGAGCACCCCGUCCCGGAGCAGAGGCAGGAUGGGAAGGAUGGCGAGAUGGCAGAGUGGAUGGAGGCCUGGUGGGAGCUGGAGGAGAAUGACACUGUGGACUACCUGGACAAUGUGGAGCAGUGGCGUUAAAUGGUUAAGUUAGUUGGUUUGGGUGAAUUAAACCCAUUCCUAACCCUGCUACUGAGUUCAAACUCAACAGUGCGGGGUUUUAAAGAGACUCCUUUAUUUAUUUUAUUUACUUGAAAGGGACAUGGAAAACAAUUUUUAGAAACUUUCUCCGUUCCACUCCAAUCCAACAGUAUGUAAGGUCUCCAGUGUGGUCUGACUGCUGCAUGCUAUCUGACUCUUAAAAACUCACCCAUGACUAUACUGUACCGUUAGCUUUUUAUGUAGGAUUUUAUUGCUCAUUCUUUAAUUUCAUUAUUAUUACUGUCAAGGUUGAAAUUUCAACCACCUUGCAAUUUUUCUCCUCCCUUCAUAACCAUUGUACUGAAUGAUCAGUAGUGUCUCGAAUAUUUCUCUUUUUUUUCCUUUUGAAAUCUUUGCCUGCUCAGUGUAACAUCCCCUUCUUGCCCAACAGGAUACCUGGAAUGUGUUCCUUAUCACUCACCUGGCGAUCAGAAUACUGUUUUUAAACACUGCAGGUCGAAUGAAAACUGGCAAUCUGCAGUCAUCUAGUCUGUGGGCAGGUUUUAGAUCUUGCCUGUUAAAUGAGUAAUUUUUUCUGCUCACGUUUCAUCUGCAAUCCACUCGAUAACACACUACUAUAGUCUGUGUUUCAUGAUGCUUCACUGGAAUGAACUUCCACCAUUACUAUUUGCCCUCAUCGGUUCUAAAAUCACCUUUCCUAUCCCAGAACAGGCUUUAUCCUGUUUUUAAUGAAACUCUUUUGCUUCAGAGCAAAACAUGGCAGCCCAAAGAGACGGUCCUGAACACUGGAUAUCCGGGGGGGGGUGUUGAGUGCCCCCUAGUGGUUAGUGAGCACUCAAGCGUUCACACCAAGGGGAAAGUGCAUGCAUGAAAAUAGCUUUGGUCCAAAUGAACAUCAUAAUGCUGAUACAGCAAAGACUGUAUGCACCCCCCCCAAGCAGAAGUUAUGCAGUGAUCAUGUAAUGUUAUGGGCUUCAGAUGCUGUAACUUGUAACUGGAAUGGUGCUGAUUCAAUCCCUGCAGAUGUGCCACUGUUCAAUCUGCAAGUUAAGGUACAUGCACCAGUUCCCAUGUACAAAAAAAUGUAGGUUGCUUUGGAUGGGAGAAACCUGGUACAGGUAGGGAGUUACCCUGCAGGGGGAGUACAGAGCUCACUGCAAGAGCAGUGCAAUAUAGCUGUGUUCCACCUGUGGACUUGGAUACCCCCCCCCCAGGGGGUUUCAGAUCAAUGUCUCACUGUUUCUGUCACAUGACUCCUGUCAUAUAUUUGGUAUGAAUGUCACAGUAACUUUUACAUUUUUAAAUAUUUCUUCAUCUGCACUAAUCUGUACCUUUCCAGAGAGCUACUCAUGGUACCUUCAGAUGUCAUUGUUUUUUAAAAAAAAUAAAUGAUUUUUUUUAAUAA